CUGCUUUAACCUAAGCUUUGUCUGCACACUAUUGUUCACAUUUUCAACUUAACAGAUUAUGGAAGACGAUCCGUUUCUCGUUGUCAAGCACCAGGUGGAAGAAGCCUUGAAUAACGCAUCGACCUUGUUCGAUUCUUGGAAACGCAUUCAGCAAACAGUAUCUUCUCCCAAAAAUCAAGAGCUCUUGUGGACAGCCGAUGAGCUCAAUUCGUGCCUCGAAGCGAUCGAACAGGAUCUCGACGAUUUAGACGAAGCCUUUGCAGUAUCGCAAGCCAACCCUGGCAAAUUUAACCUGAACACUUCUGAUUUGAACUCUCGACGCUCGUUUUUGACAGAAUCACGAAACAUGAUACAAAAUAUACGAAAUACCAUGGCUAAUCCACCAGCAAAGAAACGAUGGGCAGGCAAAGGUUCUCCUUCCGAAGGAGAGGGCUCAAGCUCUUAUCGAAGUGUCAGAGAAGAAGACAAUGAUCAAUUUAUCGAGGACGAACGUCAGCAACAAAUGAUGAUGAUGAACGAGCAAGACACACACUUGGAUGGCAUGUCAGGGACACUGGUCAAUCUCAAAGAAAUAGCUGGUACUAUGAAUCAUGAGUUUGAUGAUCAAGCCAUGAUACUAGAUGAUCUUGGUGACCAUGUGGAUCGCUCUCAAGGACGGUUACAGAGGGCAAUGAGUAGAGUCAAGACUAUAUUAAAACAAGAAGAAGAAUCCAAGUCAGGUUAUUGCAUUUGCUGUCUAAUUAUCGUCCUGAUCAUUUUGCUAGUACUUGUCAUCGUCAUUUAAAUAUAUCUAUAUCCUUUGUAUAAUUUUAUCAUACUUUAUUGUUAUUAUUACUAAUAUGUUUUUGG